AUAUUCUCCGUUCAACGAGAGAUCAUAUCAUUUUCAUGCAAUUUGGCUAUCUUCAGUAGUCUCGCUCCCAACUAGAGUUGUCUCUCUAUAACAUGUUUUCAAACCGUUAAUCAUAUACGCCGUGAAAAGGGAUAUGUAAAUAAAGUGGAGAACCGAUGAUCGUCGUUACAAAUAUAUUUGAACCAAUUACACGUAACAAAUGAAAAUUCAUUAAAUUUACUAAAGCAAUAUAAAUAAAAACAUGAAAAAUGAGUGGUAUCGUGGAUAAUAGUACACCGCGUUUCCUUUCGGAUCGCAUAACAUCACAGUCCGAAGAGGAUAAGACAUUGAUUCGUAAUCUACCAGGAAUAAAUUUGCCUGAACAAAUUUUACUUGUAAUAGAUACUGUAAGAGAAAGAGACUGUACACCGUUUAAACUUACCAAAGGAACAAACUAUAUGCCUUUGUUUAUGAUAAAACGGGUCGUAGAACAUUUUAUUUGUAUUAAGUCUACUAUUCAACGUAAUCAUGAAUAUGCACUCAUGAUUUUAAAUUCACAAAGCGCCGAAUGGAUUUGUGAUUUUACUGAUAACAUUAACAGUAUUAUCGAUAGUUUGGAUGUUAUCAACGAAGAGAUCAUAGAAGCGGAAGUAGAAACAGCAGAAGACGAAGAAGAAGAAGAAGAGGUGGAAGAACACGAAGAAGGAGAAGAAGAAGAAGAAGAAGAACAACAACAACAACAACAACGAAAAGACGAAGAAACAGUCAAAGCAAAUGAGAUAAGAAAUGGAAGGGGUAAAAGAGAAAGAGGCGAAAGAGAAGAAAAAGAAAAGAAAGAAGAGGAGGAAAAAGAAGAUGAAAAAUCUUAUGAUCUUGGACAAUUAUUCGAUAAAAUCGAACAAAAAUUACUUCUAUCUGCACGAAAGGGCGAUACAAUUGUCCCAAAAUAUGUAACCAGAGUAAUUUUAUUAUACUCGCGUUCUACCAGUAUUCCAAAAUUUGAUAGCAGUAAAGUUUCCUUAGAUAACCUUACAAAGAAUCCAUAUUUUUUUGUCGAUGUAUUAUACGUACACGAACCACCAUGUUCCAAAAAUUUAUGCGAAGAAAUUUAUAGCGAAAUAGCAAGAUUGGAUACAAAGAAUGUUUCUUAUAUAUUAGAAGUAGGAAGAAACGCAGCCAAAUUACACGAUAAUAUGGCAAAGUUGUUGGCGCAUCCUCUCCAGAGGCCACAACAAAAGGACGUUUGUUACGCGAUUUAUCCAUUCUCUGCUUCUCAAGAAGCGUACAUCAAUGUUUAACGACUGAUAUUCUUUAAACCAUACUACAACAUUUAGUUUAAACGUAACAAUCCAUAAUUGUACCAUUCUCGUAAAAAAAUAAUUGUCAAGUCUAUGCUAUGCAUUUUCAUGAUAACUGGAAGAAAGUUGCGGUAAAAUUUAAUGGGUAAAUAAUAUAGAUGCGUUAAUCUAUAGUAUAAGAAUUUAUGGAAAAUCUGAUACAAAACUGAUUUCACAUUUAUAUGUAGGAAUAAGCAAUAAAAAAAUAAUAUUGUUGGAUAUCCAACAUGAUAACUCAGAACCAACGGGUUCAAAACAAGUUA